AUGGCGGCGAACGGCAUGAAGGUGGCGCUGCACCGGCAGGUCUCCGGGGGUUCGAUGAAGCACAACUCGGAGCUCCGGCGCCAGGCGUCGCUCGAGUCCCCUCGGACGGGGCGGGCCACCAGCCGGUUCCUGUUCGGGCGGCAGUCGUCCAUGGACCCGAACCGGCGGCGCGGCCGGAGCCAGAGCCCCAUGGGGUCGGGCACGGCGGCGGAGGACCUGAGCGUGCCGGAUAACCUGGACGCCACGAUGCAGCUGCUCUUCUUCGCGUGCCAGGGCGACGCGCUGGGCGUCGAGGGCCUGCUGCGGAGCGGCGUCGACGUCAACAGCAUCAAUCUCGACGGCCGCACCGCGCUGCACAUCGCCGCCUGCGAGGGCCACCGCGACGUCGUCAGGAUUCUGCUCAGCUGGAAGGCCAACAUCGACGCGCGCGACCGCUGGGGAAGCACGGCAGUAGCUGAUGCCAAGUUUUAUGGCCACUCCAAGGUCUACGAUCUCUUGAAAAUUCAUGGUGCAAAGAUUCCGAGAACCAAGAGGACACCGAUGAUGGUAUCGGUCCCAGGCGAGAUACCAGAGUACGAGUUGAACCCCGGAGAGGUCCAAUUCCGGCGAGGCUGUGAUGUUACACCGGGCAUGUACCACAUCGCGAAAUGGAAUGGCACCAAGGUUUCCGUAAAAAUACUUGACAGAGACGGUUGCUCCGAUCAAGAAGCCGCAAACUCUUUCAGGCAUGAACUGACUGUACUGGAGAAGGUCCGACACCCUAAUGUAGUUCAGUUCGUCGGAGCCGUCACUCAGAGUAUACCUAUGAUGAUUGUUUCUGAACUCCAUGAGGAGAAAGACUUAUCAGUCUGUAUCCAGAAAAAGGGAAAGUUAAAUGCUCACAAGGUGCUAAGAUAUGGCCUUGAUAUUGCCAGGGGCAUGACCUAUCUCCAUCAGUGCAAACCGGACCCCAUCAUCCACUGCGACCUAAAGCCAAAGCAUAUCUUCCUGGAUAGUGGAGGCCAACUGAAAAUCGCGGGGUUCGGAGUGACAAGGGUGUCGAAGAUCAGGCCCGACAAAGUGAGACUGAUCAACCAUGGUGCUCUCGUUGACAGCUUCAGCUACCACACUGCACCUGAGCUGUACAGAAACGACGCGUUCGACUCGAGCGUGGAUGCCUACUCAUUCGGCUUCAUCCUGUAUGAGAUGGUUGAAGGAUCAGUGAGGACGCCAGAGGAUUCAGGACACACGAUCCGGUUCGAGGGGAUGCGGCCAUCACUGAAGGGCAAGCUCAAGGGCUAUCCUCCAGACUUCAAAGCGCUGGUGGAGGAAUGCUGGCACCCCCAGGCCAUGGCUCGGCCGACAUUCUCGGAGAUCAUCAUCCGGCUCGACAAGAUCUAUAACAACUGCGACAGGCAAGGGAGCUGGAAGGAAUCGCUCAAGCUUUGCAAGAUCAGACUCUUUCGGGUUCACUGCUUGCUUUGUGGCGCGUCUCUGGCUCUCCUAGAGUGGAUCCACAAUGCCAAAGUCGCAAUUGUUGUUGGAGUGGCAACAAAGCUGUCAACGAUGACACGCUGCGUUCACUUUGUUAGGAGGUCAGGGCUUGCCGUGAGUAGGUGGCGGCGUGAUAGGGAAUUUGACUGA